CUCGCACGCUCUUCGCGAGAAUCUUACAUUACCAUAACAGCGCUGUGGUCGGUACUGAAUGCGAUUCUCCUCUUCUAUCUUGUGCCGACAUGGGUCAAAACGAUAGCCAGAAAACGAAAGGCAGAACCUCCCUGCUUUGCAAGACAACCGUGCCCCUGAUUACCGAUCGAACACCUGGCCUUUGAGCCGAGCAGACCGGAGAAUGCCAGCGUUUGGUAGCAACAGUCGCCAUGGAGGAAUGAACUUGAAUGCCCGCCUCACUGCUUUGAUUUCCAAGAGAACAUAUCUUGUGUUACUGGUUCCCCUAGCCUUGAUGUCGUACUUGCUCUUCUUGCUGUACCGUAUUCGGAGGAAGACAUUAGAUAUCACAGGGCGUUCUAGUGAUCGGCAAAGCUGGAGCUUGGGACAUGUUGUUGCUUUAGCGACAUGGAUCCCAGUAGUCGUGGAGUUCAUGUACAUGUGUAUAUUUGGCAUGAAGUCAGGUCUAGAAGGACGACUACCGGCCGGCUACGAAGCCAUUCCAGUGAUCACCGGACUUGAUGACAGCGCUGAACAUGUCCCCCUUAGGACUGUAAGGACUUAGAAUGGAAAUCUUAGCAUAGAAACACGUCGAAUCCCGCAUCAAUACAGCUUUUUUUUUGUACUGUUCUCAACUCUCUGGUUAAACCAAAAACUUU